UCAACAAAAGCCGAAGACGAAGGCGACGAAGUACAGCCACGAGCUGAUCGUGACACAGGCUUUUGCUCCGACCUCCGGCAGCAUCCGUGGAAGAGAAAAACCAGCCCGUUGGCAAAGCGUGAGCGGGCAGUUCCAGCCAAGCAAUGGUCCUCGAAAGCACCAUCAUCUGCGUUGACAACAGCGAGUACAUGCGCAACGGCGACUUCAUUCCGACGCGCCUUCAAGCGCAGCACGAUGCCGUCGGCGUCGUCUGCCAAUCCAAAACGCAGUCAAAUCCGGAGAACAACGUCGGCUUGCUGACGCUGGGCGGUCCCCACGUCUUGAACACCCUCACCACAGACGUCGCGCGCCUGCUGUCCAAGCUCCACGAAGUGCAGCCGAAGGGGAGCAUCAACUUCAUCACCGGCGUGCGGGUCGCCCACCUGGUGCUCAAACAUCGCCAGGGCAAGAACCACAGAAUGCGCAUCGUGGUCUUUGUAGGCAGCCCCAUCGAGACCGAGACCAAGGACCUCGUCGCCCUCGCCAAGAGUCUCAAGAAGGAGAAAGUGAGCGUGGACGUCGUCAACUUCGGAGAGGCCGACGCAAACACGGAGAAGCUGGCGACCUUCAUCAGCACGCUCAACGGCGAAGAAGGCAGCGGUUCCCACCUGGUCACGGUGACGACCGGCCGCGAAACCCACCUCUCCGACGCGCUCGUCAGCUCCGCGGUGGUCCAGGGCGAAGACGGCGUCGUCUCCUCUGGUUCCGGAGGCUUCGAGUUCGGCAUCGACCCGAACGAGGACCCCGAGCUCGUCUUGGCACUGCGAGUUUCCAUGGAAGAGCAGCGCCAACGCCAGGAGAGCGAGGCCAGACGGGCUGCAGCCGACGCGGCGCCCGGGAAGCAGAGCGAGGCUCCCCCAACGGACACCGACGUGCCGCCGGCAUCCAGCGAGGAACGGCUCCUGGAGCGAGCGAUGGCCAUGUCGAUGGAAACGGAACCGCCUCCACCCGCAGCAAAGGCAACUCCUUCCGGCAGCUUUCCGGACUUCGCUGCCAUGACUGAGGAAGAGCAGAUCGCAUUCGCCAUGCAAAUGUCCAUCCAGCAGACCAAGUCUUCCGAGAACACUGCUGGGCAGCAGUCGGCCGCGACUGCUCCUGCAGACGGUAAGGAGGAGGAACCAAAGAAGGAAGAGCAGGAGAACAAGGAAGAGACGGAUAAAAAAGAGCAGUCGGCCGCGACUGCUCCUGCAGACGGUAAGAAGGAGGAACCAAAGAAGGAAGAGCAGGCGAACAAGGAAGAGACGGAUAAAAAAGACGGGACUGAUAAAAAUGAAGAGGCGGACAAAAAAGACGCGGAGAAGAAGUAAAUGUCCGAGGAGGCCAAGAAGUGAAGACGGUCCCAAGACCGCAAGAAAGCGACCUUCUUGUGGUCCAUCAGUCCGCCUUCCCCUAACCUUACCUCGUGAGAAUGUCGUGCGGUCACGUCAGCAGGGGAGCAUCCGGCAAGUGCGAGCCCUUGCUGCUGUUCCUGUUUAUAUACCUAGUCGAGACGAUCGAAAGGCGCGUUGAUCGGCAGCUGACUGACUAAUGUGACCAUGGCGUGCCAGAAAACCUCCUCUUUUCUGUCUUCUUUGUCGAAGUCAAUCAGUAAUAAAGUCAACUAGUGCUUCAA